GAGCUAAGAGGCACUCUACUGGGCCUCCGGAACGAGGAGGCGGAAGCCUGCACCGUGCUCCUCCUCCUCGCAGACCAGGCCCUGGCAAGUCCGAACUACGCGGCCAUAGGCAAGGGCGGCCACAACCCGACCUCCCGGCUCGCCUACCGCGAGCGCGCCGACCUCGUCUUCCUCCACCCGGUCUCCAGCGAGCGGCAGGCUGCCAGCCGAUCCGCUCUCGCCGCGGAUGCCGAGGCUUUGGCACGAGGCAAGCCUGCAGAGGUGCUUUUGACUGCUGCCUUGGGGCGGGAGGUUGGCGCCAGCCCGGAG